GCUCAGACCCGUACAGGCUCAAACCUCCCCGCGUGGUUUGGAGUUUAAACACUCCAACAAAAGCACCUCGACCGUCCAUUCCGGACCAUGGAUACCUUGCCAACUCUCAUGGAGCACGAAGUCAACGUUGUGAACACCUUCCUGCAGGUUUCAGAAGUUCCCCAAGGAAAGAAGAAGCUGCAGAGGGCUCAGACUGCCCCUGUUGGACGUGAGGAUCUGGAGGAGUUGGAGGCUGAGGAGGAAGAGGAGGAUGUUUCAGGUGAAGAAGAACCGGAGAAGGCUGAGAAGGUCAUUGAAGACACUGCACCAGAAGAGAAGACGGUCAAGAAGCUCUUGAGAACGUUGCCAACCUUGAACCGGAUUGAGACCCCGGAGCCCUGGGAUCUGGCUGCCCUUGCUGAAGGUCUUGAGGCUGAAGAAGCUGAAGAGAAGGCCGCCGUGGCGGCGGCGGCGCAAGCCGCGGCGCCCGCCGCCGAGGCGCCCGCGGCGCCCAGCCGCGCCGCGUUGGGAGCGUCCGGGCGGCCGAAGUUGCUCCAUGCGGCCACGCCGGACCUUUGGGAGUGGCAGGAGAUGGUGCGCCAGGAGUCACCACCUGUGGCACCUGUCGUUGUGCAGCCCAGCAUCUCUCCACCUUCACCCACCCUGGCGGCCGCACAAGCCUUCCAGGCACCAGCGCAGCCACAGGCACCUGCGAUGGUCUCGCUCUUAACGGUGCCAGUGGCGCUGGCCGUCCCGGGCUCUCCACCUUUCACACCACCGUUGUCGCCUUCCAACAGCUAUCCUCGCCUCCUGGGAAGCGUCUCACCAACACAGAGCCCUAAGGAGUCUUCCAAGUCCACGUCCAUGAGACCUGGGGCCCUGGAGACACACCAAAUGGGUGCCAACAAGGAACUGGUGCGCUGGUGCGUGGACGGCACGCGGUUCGAGUCCCAUCAGGAGCGGAUCCUGAGCCCAGAGUUUCAGCUGCACUUCCCAGGCCAAGCGGAGCCCUUCAGCUUCCGCCUGGUGAUCCUGGCAACGCAGACGGGCGGCAAGCACGGGGCCGGCUUCAGAAAGGCCAAGGGCCGGGGCUCUAUCGAAUUGAAGUGCCAGUCCACAGUCCCAGCGAAUGUGGCGAACGCCGUCUUCAGCAUCUCCAUGGGACAUGGCAUUGGCAGACAAACGAACCCGACGCCCAUCGUGCACAACUUCGUAGACAAGACCUGCUGUCCGCUCCGGAAUGGAGAGGAGGCUGACUGGGACUUUAAGCAGUCUGUGGAUGGAAAGGGAUGCGAGAUUUCCGUCGAGGUGGACUUCCUCGGAUGAGACGGUUCGAGCCGUGAAACACUUUGCACUGCAUGGACAGGAUUGGUCGUGCACCCGGCGCCUGAAGACGUUGUAAGAGUCUGUUUGACCUGGGGCAGAGUUGACCGGUGCAUUGACC